GACAGUCAGAACAGCACUCGGCCAUUUAAUCUGAAGUAAAGGACUUUUUUUACGUUUUACAGCACGGCUCCUUCGGUUGGACUUUAGUGUCUCUUUACUGGACUGAAUAUUUGGGCCUGGUGCUGCGGAGCUCCAGUCCCAUCUAUUGCCUCUUCUCUGUCUCUUAACACACCUGCUACAGCUCCUGGCGGGCGGAAGAGACUGCUGACCUACCAUGUUUCUAGCUUUAGUGGUGACGCCAGAGCUGAGGGAGUUUCUGGCCAGGGCGAGAGGUGGAGCGGGGCGCCUCAUCAAGGUGUGCAUCCAAGACGAGCAGCUGGUCCUGGGGGCCUUCAAAGAGCCAGAAAAGAGCUGGGACCAGGAUUAUGAUCACCUCCUUCUUCCUCUCCUGGAUGACCAGGAGCCCUGCUACAUCCUAUACCGCCUGGACUCCCAGAAUGGACUGGGCUAUGAGUGGAUCUUCAUAUCUUGGUCUCCUGACCAGUCCCCAGUGAAACAAAAGAUGCUGUAUGCUGCCACCCGUGCCACAGUGAAGAAAGAGUUUGGUGGUGGCCAUGUGAAAGAUGAGAUGUUUGGCACAGUUGAGGAGGACAUCUGCUUGUUGGGCUACCAGCGUCAUGUGACAUCCUGCUCAGGUCCUGCCCCGCUCACACCAGCUGAGCAGGAGCUUCAGAGGAUCAAAAUCACUGAGGGCAGAGUUAAACAGGUGACGACAGAGAUCAGUGUGGAAAGUAAGCAUCAGACGCUCCAAGGUCUCGCUUUCCCACUGCAGGAAACGGCCAAAAGAGCCCUACAGCAACUCGCCCAGAAACGCAUCAACUACAUACAACUGAGAUUGGAUGUAGAGAAGGAGACGAUUGAGCUGGUUCACUCCAACCCAACAGAAACUCGAGAUUUGCCCUGCAGAGUUCCCAAAGACACUCCCAGAUACCAUUUCUUCCUCUACAAGCACUCCCACGAGGGAGACUAUCUUGAAUCUGUUGUGUUCAUAUACUCCAUGCCUGGGUACAGCUGUAGCAUCAAGGAGCGGAUGCUGUAUUCCAGCUGCAAGAGUCGACUACUGGAAGAUGUGGAGAGAGAUUACCAUUUGGAAAUUGCUAAAAAGUUGGAGAUCGACGACGGAAAUGAACUGACAGACGAAUUUCUGUAUGAUGAGGUCCAUCCUAAGCAGCACGCCCACAGACAGGCUUUUGCUAAGCCCCGCGGCCCAGCAGGAAAAAGGGGACACAAGCGCCUUAUUAAGAGUACAGGGGCGUCCAAACAGGACAGUUAGAGGUGGACAAAAGUUCUCCUGGACGUGUCUGCAGCCCUCUUGCUUUUCCUACACCCACUCAGUGACAUCUUGGUUUCCACUGCCAUUUGUGUACUGACCACAGCAAACGCUACACUUGUGAUAUAUGUUUGUUUGUUGUUGUUUUUUUUUGUUGUUUUCUUGAUGAAAAUAUGCUGUUAAGUUAUUUUCAAUCUGUUCCUCUUGUUCAGUUUGUGUCCCACAGACAAAUCAGGAAAAUAAAUAGAUACUUGCUAUAAAAUCAAUAAGAAAGAAAAAGUCUGGUUGAAACUAAAACAAGUGGUCUUGAUGAUGUGAAACAAAUCUGUCUGAUUGUUACUUUCUCAUGACUUAGAUUGUCAGUAUAGUAACAGUUUACAACACAAUAGA